AUGGGCAAGUACGUGGAGCUGCUGGACAUGGGCGUGCGCAUCGCGGCACGGUUCCACUCCCACUGCCCGCAGACCGCGCGCCUCUACUACCACCCGCCCGCGGCUGCCGCCAGCGGGGACGGCCGCAAGGGCGACUCCGCCGCCGCGGCCGCGAUGAUGAUGAAGCAGCAGGGGCAGAGGUUCGACGCCUCCGAGAUCAUCCUCCACACCGUCGUCUAG